AUGCAUCUGUUACUGACAGAUAAACCUAGGUCAACCGUCUAUUUCCAGACCUCUCUAGCUGCAGUGGUGGCUCAACUCCUUGCACCUGCUAUAGGGUCCGCCAUGAUGAUGAAGCUAGGCCCAUGGGUACCUUAUUUCUUCGGCACUGCAUUCUUUACUGUCUGCUGUCUCUUGAUUUUACUGGUACCCGAAACUAUUCCUAUACAAGUUUUGAAGCCUGGUGCGGCUCAUUCAGCACCAUCUGGAUUUGUUCACGGUUCUGUUCGGGAGUCACUGGAGGCUCGUCGCCCCAUUUCUCGGUCUUCCCUCGCAUCGAAGAUGAAAGCACUUUUUGCAACGGCCUGGAAAGAAACCAAGCUCAUAUUUAGCAACCGUACCGUGCUUCUCAUACUCUCUACUUUCCUUCUCUCAACGCUGGGACGAAAGCAAGUCGAUCUUCUAUUACUCUACGCCUCUACUCGAUAUGAGAUCACCCUGUCAAAGGCCGGUUUUGUUCAUUCUUUCAUGGCCUGCGUCAGUAUCGUUCUCCUCUUGCUCGUCCUCCCGCUUACUUCAGGCUACCUAUCCAAGACCCUCAAGUUGCCCAGCAACGAAAAGGAUCUGUGGCUUUCAAAGAUAAGUAUCGUGCUUCUUACGAUUGGAAGCUUCGCCAUCGGCUUCUCGCCAACCUUCGUGUCGAUGAUCUGUGCAGUAGCAAUCUACACCCUAGGUUGCGGGUUCAAUGCAGUCUGUCUCAGCUUGAUCUCCGCCUUCGUCGACCCGAAGUACUCGGCAAGGCUAUACUCCGUCAUCUCACUCAUCAUCAUGAUGGGGACCCUCAUCGGCGGGCCGCUCCUGGCAGGCCUCUUCAAUCUGGGGCUGAAUCUCGGGUCGUCUGCAUGGGCUGGAUUGCCCUUCUUCGGCUCUGGGGUGAUCCAUAUAUUUGUCCUGCUGUCGGUUUGGCUUAUCCGACUGCCUUCUGUACAACUAGAGUAG